AACACGUUAAUAGCGGGUAUUAUAAGAAUUAGCUUUAGCCUAAGUAAAGAAAUUGUUACCCUAAGUAUAAUAAAAAUAAAAACGUACUUUAGAAUAAUAACUUUCUAUAUUCUACUCGUUAAUACCCUAUUCUUUUUAUAUUUAAAAAAUAUAAAUUAA